CCUUAUACCAGACCUAAGCGGACUGACCGUCACAUUAGCAGCGAGAAUGCCCCUGGAAAACAUCACGUAUUGCUCACAGUUAGCGCAGAACGAAGUCAGACCCAACAGAGGCGCGUGCAAAGACGUGGAAUACAGCAUCAUGGCCGCCUUGCUCAAUGGGGCCAUAGCUUGCUCGUGCAGUGGUGGCGCUGUCACAGGGUCAAAUUGUGACCCCUACAGCGGGGACUGCGACUGCCUCCCAGGUGCUCUCCCGCCAAAAUGUGACCGCUGCACUGCAGACACGUACGGCUACUCGGCCACGACUGGGUGCUUGG